UAAAAAUAUGCAAAUAUAUGUUGCACAUAAAACCUCCCAAGUAUGUAUGCCAACGAAAACGAAGUCAGGUAAAGAUUCUUUUAAUUUUAAAGAGAGGAAGUUAGAAUAAUUUAAAAAGAAAUUGGAUUUAAAAAAUUGGUACUAAUAUUUAUUUUGAAGGAAAAUAAAAGUGUGAGAACGUGAAUUAUGAGAAAAGCGGUGUUAUUUGAAGACAGAGAGAAAAUAAUAAAAAAAGAAUAACACAGUAUACAAAAGCGUAGAAGUAGCAAGUGUGAACCGACAGUAGAUUACAGUAUGAGUUGGGUUUUGCCAUUCUCAAUCUCAGUGCUAUUAUGGAUAUGUAUCUUCUCUUCUUCUUCUUCUUCAUCUUCAGUAGCUGCUGUUACAGUGAGUGGUGGAUGCAAUAAACCUGCGAUUCUAUUCGUGUUCGGCGAUUCCAACUCGGACACGGGUGGACUCGUUUCUGGACUCGGUUUCCCUGUCAAUCUUCCCAAUGGUCGCACUUUCUUUCACAGAUCCACCGGUCGUUUGGCCGAUGGACGAUUAGUCAUCGAUUUUCUCUGCCAGAGUUUGAAUACAAAUUUUUUGACCCCAUACUUGGACUCCUUGUCCGGAUCAACAUUCACAAAUGGAGCAAACUUUGCCGUGGUGGGAUCCUCUACCCUCCCAAAAUAUGUUCCUUUCGCUUUAAAUAUACAGGUCAUGCAGUUCCAGCAUUUCAAAGCUCGUAGCCUUCAACUUGCUACCUCAGGUACAAAAAGUAUGAUCAACGAAGAAGGCUUCCGCAAUGCACUUUAUUUGAUUGAUAUUGGGCAAAAUGACCUUGCUGAUUCAUUUACCAAAAAAAAUCUAUCAUAUGUGCAAGUCAUCAAGAAGAUCCCAACAGUAAUUGCUGAAAUUGAGAAUGCUGUUAAGAGUUUGUAUAAUGAAGGUGGCAGGAAAUUUUGGCUUCACAAUACCGGACCCUUUGGCUGUCUUCCUAAAUUUAUCGCACUGUCUGACAAGAAAGACCUCGAUUCAUUUGGAUGUAUUUCUAAUUUCAAUUCUGCUGCAAGAUUGUUCAACGAAGCGCUGUAUCAUUCGAGUCAAAAACUAAGAACUGAGUUGAAGGAUGCUGCCAUAGUCUAUGUUGAUAUUUAUGCCAUUAAGAAUGAUCUCAUUGCAAAUGGCACCAAAUAUGGUUUCUUGAAUCCAUUGAUGGUAUGCUGCGGCUAUGGAGGACCACCUUAUAAUUUCGACGUAAGAGUGACAUGUGGUCAACCUGGUUAUCAGGUUUGCGAUGAAGGAUCUCGGCAUGUGAGUUGGGAUGGAAUCCAUUACACCGAGGCUGCGAAUUCAUGGAUAGCUUCGAAAAUACUGUCGGCGGCGUAUUCCACGCCACGGUUACCUUUUGGUUUCUUCUGCAGCCACUGAAAUCUGAUGGUUGAUUAUAGUAUGCACAUUACAAGGGUGCAAAACAGUGAACAUACGUUUAGUUCAUUUGCUGCUGUAGUACUACUAUAUGUGUAGUUCUCCAAGAACAUUGUUUUGUCAUGCAUCCCAUGUCUCCUUUCACUUUUAGCCAUGAACAAAUAAUAGUAUAAUUAUAUAUCGUUAAAUCAAUUCAAUUGAUAA